AAGGAACCGUUUUGCUUUUCAAGUUCUCGGUCCCGGGAACACACGAUCUUUUCCUUUCACGUAGAAUAUGAAGCACUCCGAGUCAGGCCUAGGUCAAAAGGUCAACAACGUAAAACCCCCGUUCUGAUGCAUUCCCGAGCACAAACACACCCCCACACACACACACACACACACACUCGAAUGCAUACGAACCUGUUUAUAAAGUCGAGCACUUCGAAAGUUUUAACAUCGGAAAAGGUUCGACCGAAUUUCCAGAGUCAGUUCUUCACUACUUCGAAAGUUUGAACAUCGGCAAAGUUCAACAGAAUUUCCAGACCCCAUGGAUUUCUUGGCAGGUAAAAAUUUGUAUUUUAUUCAAUUAAUAGUUAAAUAUAAAUUGAAAUACAAUGUUUAUGUAAUUAUCCAGUAGGCAAUGAUAUUGAUAUAAACUUAGAACUAAUCAUUCUGAGUACAAAAAUCAUCAUACUUAUCUGGUCAUUAUGUAAUCUGGUACGAUACUUUAUCUAAAUUGUAAAUAUUCAUUACAUUUAUAUUACAGUGCAAGACCGAGUUAAGCUCAUCUGUUUCUAGUGUAUAGACAGCUUGGUGAUUAUUUCUGAUGAUGAGAUUCCCGAAACAACCACUCAGGACCUUUUGAAUCUGAGUUCCACACAAUUUGAGGGAAACGUGUCUAACAGUGAUUACGACGGAGAUAUUUCAGAUACGAGUGCUGCAAUAGAAGACCAAGAGGAAAUCAUCUCGGAAACCGACAUUCAACAAGACAUCGAACUACAACAGAUCUGCGCAGUGUGGCGUGAAUUCUUCGAAGCAAAGACUGAUUUAUUGGAAAACUUUGGACAGAUUGAUUAUACACUUGAAUCUGGUCGAGGUACAGAUUUUAUCCCUUUACUGUACAGCACGCUUGAAAAUGUGAAUAGAUGUCUCUCAGUGAGCAUAAAGUUGAUUAGAAAAUUGUAUGAUAGAUAUGGCGCAGAAACGACUGAAAUGCAGUUCGGAUAUGGAGAUUAAAAAAAAGAGAACCGAAAAAUCUCCAUUAUCGCAUGAUUUCUUUUAUGACGGAAACCAGAGUUUUUCAAAUGAUUCGCACACACCCCUGAACCCAUAUUUAACUGAAGCGAUCAACAGGCUGAACGAAAGUUUAAUAACGUCACACCAAGUCGUUAGUGAGAGACCUAAUCAGAAUCCAAAUCACGUCGUAUCAAACACAACGGUAACGCCGAAUGAUAUAUUUUCUGAAUUAAAUCAAUGUCUGUUAGAGUUACAUAAUAACCUAAAUGAACACGGUCAUUCAGUACAAAUAAACCCUGAUCUAAUCGAUGCAGUCAAUCAGUUGAAUGAAAAUUUAAGAUCGUCAGAACAGAACAAUACUCAAAAUGAAAACCCCAGACGAAUUUCCAGUCAAACUGUAUCAAGUACGCCGGUCGAGUCGCACGACAUAUUUUUCGAAUUAAAUCAAUGUCUGUUAGAGUUACAAAAUAACCUAAUCGAACAAAGAGAAUCUUUGCAGAUAAAUCCAUGUUUAAUAGACGUGGUGAAUCAAAUCAAUGAAAAUAUGUCAUUACCUCCCGUUCAGAAUAUCGUCUCGACUCCAGAAAACGCUCAGGAACCUAGUCCGUUAUCUUCUCAUGAUACGUUACACGAACUUAAUCAAAGUAUUAUGAGGAUAAAUGACAGUCUUGUUAACUUAAUCGAAAACCCUGACAAUAUUGCACAAAAUUCGGAAAACGAUAAUGAACGCAACCGCCCAAUGGAAAACAUACACUCACCUAAUACCCAAGAUUCUCAAAUGGAAAACACACAUUCGCCCGAUACCCAAGAUUCUCAAAUGGAAAACUCGCCUGAUAUCCAAGUAGAGCAAGAGGGUGAUGGAUUAGAUCCUAAUAUUAGAAUAAUUAAUCGGGAAAGAUUCAACAACACUGAGAUUAGGAGAAGAGUGAAUUUUUCUUCUAUCGCGAACGUUGACAGCUUUGCAGAUUUUUAUAAUUAUGUUUUAGAGAUUUUAAACAGCGCGAUUGAAAUCGCUAACAAUUUAAUUUCUGCCAAGGAUGUAGUCACCGUUGAAAUUAGAGGUGAUACGGUCAAUGUUUCAUCACGCGUUCAAAUAGACAAUGGUGUCAUCGAUUUAGGUUCUUUUCUGACCAUGCUCGAAAAUGCAAUUCAGAGUAAACGUGAAAUUUUUACCGAUAAUACCCUUGAAAUAGUCGUCCAAAUCGUCCGACCACUUCGGGGUGGUGGAAAUAGAAGGAAAAUAGGCCAUAUAUUCAAAUCAGAAACCCUGCAGAAGAAAAUGCAACAUCUAUACAUUUUUCACAAGAGAGACAACAUGUGCUUCGCCUUGUGUGUUAGCCAACUUUUGAAUCGUGAAAAAAAUGAUUUUGAAACCGAACAAAUCGCUAGAAAAUUACAACACGAUGUGGGAUUAUCCGUAAACAAUGCGGUCAGCUUCGCUGACGUACCGAGAUUUGAGAGACAUUUGAAUUGCAAAAUCGUAAUCGUAUACUGUUCUGCUAGCAAAGCCGGAUACUCUUUCUUUCAAACUAGCAAGACUCCCCACGAAAAAACCAUUUACUUGUUUUUACAUGACAACCACUAUUAUGGGGUUAAAAGUAUCACCGGACUUUUAGGAACGAGUCAUGUUUGUCAUUUCUGCCAUUCGGGGUUUGACGUUUUAUGGAAACAUAAAUGUGCUUAUAGCUGCAACGUUUGUCACGACCCCGAUUGUUACAAACACCCUAAGAAUGUUACUAAAUGUCCAGAGUGUCAGAGACUGUGUAGCUCCCAAUACUGUUUCGAGAGGCAUAAAGCAAAGAUUCAAUCGCACAAAGGCGAAUAUUCUAUGUGUGAAACGGGAUUCUACUGCGGUAAAUGUAAACGUGUGAUAAGGGAUAAUCCUUCUAAUCGUGAGAAUCACGUAUGUGCCCAUUCGAAAUGCAUACUCUGUGGCCAAAAACUCGAUGAGGAUAUCGAGCAUAGAUGUUUUAUACAGAGGGCCAGGAAAGAAAGCGAAAAUACGGAUUAUGUGUUUUACGAUUUCGAAACUAGGCAGGAAACAGGAACACAUGUAGCUAAUUUCAUAUGCUGUAUUGAUUUUAAGGGAGAGGAGUGGGUGGCUGAAGGGGAUGAUUGCGUCAGUGCCUUCUUUAAAAAGUUUCGGUGUAAUGCAUACCACGGAUACAAGUUUAUAGCCCAUAACGCUAGAGGGUUCGAUUCAUACCUUUUGUUAAACCAUUUAGUGAAAGAAGGAAUCACACCCGAAAUCAUAGCACAAGGCGGUAAAAUUUUGUGUUUCAUCGAUACCGCGUUUCGUCAGUCCUACAUUGAUAGUCUAUCGUUCUUACCCAUGAAAUUGAGUAGCAUCCCAAAAGCCAUGGGUUUUUCGGAAAGCAAGAAAGGCUAUUUUCCCCAUUUCUGGAACACCGUAGAACAUCAGGAUUACGUAGGGCCGUAUCCUGACCCUAAGUUUUACGGUGUAGAUGGCAUGAUGCCUAAGGAUAGAAAAGAAUUCUUUAAGUGGUACAGAACGGUUUCUGACAAAGUGUUUGAUUUCAAGAAAGAGAUGGCGGAAUACUGUGUGAACGAUGUAGAAAUUUUGAGAAAGGGUUGUAUAGCUUUCAGACAAGAAAUUCUGGAUAGUACAAAGGUCGAUCCUUUUAAAUGCAUAACGAUCGCGUCUGUGUGCAUGAAAAUCUUUAGAACCAACUUCCUGCGUAAAGACACUUUAGCUAUUCCGCCUCUUGAUAAUUACAUCACCACUCAGAAAUCUUUCUCAACACCAUCCAUACAAUGGCUCGAAUAUGUUUCAAAAACGCAAAACCUACCCAUUCGCCACGCGUUGAACGAAGGUGAAGUCAGGUUCGGUACUUAUUACGUAGAUGGUUACUGUGAGGAAGGGGAAAACCGUAAGGUUUUUGAGUUUCUUGGGUGUUUUUAUCACGGCUGUGAAAAGUGUUUUCCCUCAAUGACCCCGCAUCCUCUUACCAAAUCAAACGCAACCUUCGAAGAUAUCCGUCAAAAAUCGAUGGAGAGAAUUAAGAAUUUGCAAGACACUCUCAAUUUGCAAGUCACUCUGAUGUGGGAACACGAGUGGAAUGAAAUGAAGAAAAACGACAAUCUCGUGCAAAAUUUUCUAAAAGACUUUGACUUUCCUGAGCGUUUAAACCCUCGAGAUGCUCUUUACGGCGGUCGAACAAACGCAUUAAACUUGCAUUAUGUAGCUCAACCCGGUGAGAGAAUCGAUUAUUUCGACUUUACCUCGCUUUACCCAUUCGUAAAUAAGACAAAGACAUACCCGAUCGAUCACCCUAUCAUCAUUUAUCGUGACUUUCAACCUCUGAAAAAUUACUUCGGUAUCAUUAGAGCAAAGGUAUUACCACCUAGGGGUCUGUGGGCACCUGUUCUACCAUUUCGUGUAAAAAGCAAACUCCUCUUUCCUCUAUGUAGAACGUGUGCCGAACAUCAGUUAAAACAUUGCGAUCAUACGGCUCAGGAGAGAGCUCUUAUCGGAACAUGGGCAUCUAUCGAAAUUGAGAAAGCCGUCGAAAACGGUUACAAAAUUCUAAAAGUGUUUGAAGUGUGGCACUUUCCUAAAAGGUCUGAUAAGCUUUUUACAAGAUAUAUUAAAAUGUUCCUCAAGACCAAACAGGAAAGUUCAGGUUAUCCGUCCUGGGUCGUUGAUGAAUCAUCUAAACGUGAGUACAUUCGCAAAUAUGAGGAGAACGAAGGAAUUACGUCAAAGACCAGACAGAUCGAACACGACCUUAAUUCGAGAUCCUGCCGAGUUUUUACAGUUCAUGUUCUCCGAUAUUUAUAAUGUGAGUCAGUUCUCUUUUUUGAAUGAGGAGGUGGCGAUGGUACAGUGGCGUUACGCAGACGAGAGAUUGAUUAAACCGCUAAACGCUAAUGUAUUCAUCGGCAUUUUCACUACAGCGUACGCUAGGCUUGAGCUGUACAAUUUGAUGGAUCGAUUGGAUCAGCGUUGUUUGUACACAGACACAGAUAGCGUCAUUUUUAAAAGUAAGGAAGGUGACUGGAUGCCACCCUUAAGCGAUUACUUGGGUGGUCUUACCAGCGAACUAGAUGAUGGCGAUCAAAUCGUGGAAUUUGUAAGCGCAGGUCCUAAAACCUACGGUUACAAAACCAUGAAAGGAAAAACAACCAUGAAAGCUAAAGGCAUUACUUUAAAUUAUAUCAAUUCUGAAAUUGUCAAUUUGAAAUCACUAACAGAACUGGUGGACGAGCGAGUGAAAAAUCCGGAUCAUACAGGUCAUCUCGUAACCACGCAUAACCAAAUCGUGAGAGAUAAAAAGGGGUUUCAUUUGAGAAACAAAUCACAGUUGAAAAGGUUCAGGGUUGUGUACGAUAAGCGUGUUUUAUUAUCUGAUUUUACAACUCUCCCUUACGGCUAUUAAGACUAUUCUUGUAUAUAUGUGUAUAUAGUUUCUGUUGAUGUGUUUUGUAAAGGAAAAUAUGAACGUGACUGCUUUUGACGCUAGGAUGCAACUUCCCUUUUCAUGUAUCGUAUGUGGACCGAGUAAUAGUGGAAAAUCUUUUUUUAUCAAAAUGCUGUUGGAAAACUGUAAAGAGGCAAUGUCGGUUGUUCCGGAAAACAUUGUCUGGUGUUAUACGUGUUGGCAGCCUCUGUACGAUGAAUUAUUGACCAGAAUAAAAAUAAUUUUUCUUCAA